CUGGCCUGUACUUCUUUUUUUUACACUUCACUGUCAAAUAUAAUAAUAUGCCUUCUCCGGAUCAGCCUCGACUCUCGGCCAUACGAGCAUACCCUAUUAAAUCAUGUCAUUGCGUUGAGCUGAAAGAAUGCGAAAUCGAUUCAAUGGGUCUUCAAAUCGAUCGUCGUUUCAUGUUCAUUGAAGCAAAGUCUGGUCGCUUCAUUACUCAACGCAAAUACUCGUCGAUGGCACUUAUUCGCCCUUUGGUGGACACGACAGCAGACACGCUGACAUUGACAGCUCCUGGACAGUCUGAUUUGGUUCUUCCACUUCAUCCAUCCUUGGGCCGCCAGUUUACUGCAAAGCUAUGGGAGGACACAUUGACCGUGUUUGAUAUGGGCGAUGAGGCAUCACACUGGGUUGGCAAGUUUUUCAACGACCAUCGGGAUCAUAAUAAGCAAAACCCCGUCGGAGACGACGAUGAGAUCAAUUUUGACGCACAGUUACCUGAGCUGCGCCUUGUCACAUUGGAUGAUCCUGCCAAGGGAAUCUACACUCGACCCACUCACCAGAAAUUGCCUGGUUUGCAUUCGCCUUUUUCGGAUUGGUCGCCCGUCUCAUUUGGUUUCGAAGCGAGUCUGGAAAGUGUCAAUCAUGGCUUGGAGGAAACCGGAAUGAGCAACGGCAAGUCGAUCUCUAUGGAUCGGUUCCGUAACAACCUUACAAUUUCUAGUACGAUCCCGUGGGAAGAAGACGAGUGGCUCGUGGCAAAAAUUGGUGAAGUAACGUUUUAUAUCAUGCGUCCCACUGCUCGUUGCCCUGUACCUGGGAUUGACCAGGAUACCGGCGUCAAGGAUGAUUGGGGUUGUGUUACCGACUAUCUCAAGAAAAAACGAAACAUCCCGGACAAGCCAGGCAGAAAUAAUGGAUGCUUCUGUGUAGAUGCUGCACCACUUACUGCUGGCACUAUCCGUGUUGGUGAUCCAAUUCAAGUACUCGAACGAAUUCCCGCCGAUUGUGUCGAACAUCCUAUCCCACCACCUACAUAUUAAAAACACAGAAUAUGUCUUAUUAAUGUAGCAAAGAAGGGUUUUGUACUUUAGUAAUUUGCGGUUAUUUCUGUUUUACAUUACUGCAUCACUCAAUAAUUGUAUGAUGAUAAUGUCAUUACUGCUGUGAAAGGAACUUAAUACAUUUUCAGUUUACACGAAA